CAGCAAAACAGCUGUCUAACGUUUUUCGCCUGACUAGCAAACAACGCAACGAGCAUGCUGCUCGUGCAACAUGUCAAAGCGUGAAGUGUUGACAGAGGUGAAUCCCCGCUCGUCGAGCGAAGACCAGGACCAGAUGCGUCGUGAACUGCUCCAACCACAGCACUCUCCAAGCGCGCUUACUGGGCCUCACCUCAGCUCACAAUGUCGGCCAAUCUCAAUCCAUGAUAUACGGGCAUCUCCUGCAUACAAUGCCAACCAGCACCGCGGUCAUACCUUGCCCCGCCUUUGACCUCAAGAUCAGUACCUCAAGCUCAACGUGGAGCAUCUGCAACCUCAUCUUUGCAAUUGAAGCCUCACAAUCCAGGCCACAAGCAACUACCCACCAUGCCGUCAAAAGAACGCGAAACAGCAGACAAACUCGUCGCAGCCUACAACGCCAUGGACGUAGACACCAUCAUCGCGCUGCGCACCCCAGACUGCAAACGCGUCUUCCUCCCCUCCUCACUGAAAUACCUGCCCCAAUCCAACGAGUUCUUCAAGCAAAACCUGCUCGCCAUAAGCGCAAUCUUCACCUCCUUCAAACUCGAGGAGAAGAGGAUCGUAAUGUAUGUUAGCGCCUUCGGCGAGAGUCCCAUGGGCGAUUACAGGAACCAGUAUGUGUGGAAGAUGGGCUUCACGUCCGAUGGCUCGCAAAUCUCCUCGUGGAGUGAGUUUGUGGAUGUUGGGGUUGCUCGGGACUUUUACCCGCUGUUGAAGCGAGAAAUGGUGCGAAGAGCUGAGGCGGCGGAGGGCAAGAGGAAGGGGGACGAGUUGGGGCAGGCAGUUAGGGGGCAUUACAUGGGGAUGCAGGGUGGAGAGGGUGGCGUGAGAUAG